AUGUCUGUCAGGAUCGUUCUUGACAACCCUCCCCCGUUCUAUACGAAUCUCGACCCCGUCGUCGGCCGCGUCAUAGUCCACCUCCAGCGCACGGAACAGAUCGGUACGAUUGUCGUAAAGCUCGAGGGCGAGGCCAAGACGGCGCUCGUGCCCCAGAUCGACCCCCACACCGGAAGCUCGACCGGCGGUCCUGUUGCCACCGAAACCCACAAAAUCCUCUACCGCAUCCAACAAGUUUUCCCCGACGAAAACAACAUCUCCUCCUCCUUUGUCCUCCGACCCGGCACCCACCAGUUUCCCUUCAAAUUCAAGCUCCCAUUUAACAAUGUGUGCAGCGAUAUCGUCACCAUGUCCAAGAUGGGCGGCCUCGGUGGCGUGGGCGGCUUCGGUGCGGGCGGCGGGGGCCUCUUCGGCUCCGGAAUCCGCGUCAUGGAUGGGAGCACCCAAAUCUUCCUACACCACGUAAAGAGGACCUUGCCGCCGUCGCUUACGGGGUUUCCCGGCAUGGCCGAGAUUCGUUACUUUAUCAAGGCAACGGUCCAGCGGCCGGGCAUCCUGCGGGAAAACUGGCGGUCCCAUAUCGGCUUUCGGUUCAUGCCCAUCGAGGAGCCUCGCCCCCCAACCCCCGGCCAAGGCCUUUGCCAAACGGCCCUUCACCUUCAGGCCCUUGUCCCCGACUUUACCGGAGGCUAA